UGCUUAUUCCGAGUCUCUGUCUUACUGAAACCACCUAUUUUCAGCUCCCUGGAGCUUUAUUUCUUCAAGAAAUAUAGUGUAUCUGAGGUUAUACUAGUUCUGUUAGCUCUGUUCCUCUUGAACAAGAGCUCAUCAGUAGUAAUGGGUGCUUCUGGGAAGUGGUUGAAAGUAUUAAUAGGCCAUAAAAAGCUCGACAAGGAUGAUAAUGAAAAGGUCAGUGGGAAGAAAGGGAAAUGGAAGCUAUGGAGAAGCUCUUCUGCGGAUCUUGGAUCUUCAAGGAAGGGUUUUCAAGGUGGGCAGAAAGCAGCAUCAGAGACUUCCGAUUCUUCAUCCGUGCCUGACGUGUUUAGUGCUGCAGUUGCUACUGUCGUUAGGGCUCCACCAAAGGAUUUCAAGGUUGUAAGGCAAGAAUGGGCUGCAAUCCGGAUACAGACAGCGUUUCGUGGGUUUCUGGCAAGGAGGGCAUUAAGGGCUUUGAAAGGUGUGGUAAGGAUUCAAGCUCUUGUCCGUGGCCGGCAAGUGAGGAAGCAAGCUGCAGUGACAUUGAAGUGCAUGCAAGCACUUGUUCGUGUUCAGGCCAGAGUGAGGGCCCGGCGUGUAAGGAUGUCCAUGGAGGGGCAAGCUGUGCAGGAGCUACUGAAUGAACACCGUAACAAAGUUGAUAUCUUGAAACAAGCUGAGGAAGGUUGGUGUGAUAGCCGAGGAACACUAGAUGAAGUUAGAGCAAAGCUUCAAAUGAGGCAAGAGGGGGCUAUCAAGAGGGAGAGAGCAAUUGUAUAUUCUAUUGCUCAACAGCAAUGGAGAUCAACCUUGAACUCGAAGACAAAUUCUAAUUCAUAUUUGGCCUCUUUCAAGCAGUUUGAAGUAGAUAAGAACAGCUGGGGGUGGAGCUGGUUAGAACGUUGGAUGGCAGCCAGGCCAUGGGAAAAUAGAUUGAUGGAAAAGGUCCCUGGUGAUCCCUCAGAGAUGACUCCACCUAAGAAAUGUGAGGAUUAUUCGGUCGGCGGUGGCGGCCGGCCAAAACUGUUGGAACCCAGUACAGUUAAAGUUAGGAAGAACAAUGUCAGCACCAGGAUUUCUGCAAAGCCUCCUCGUUCAUCGUCGGGGCCAAGUUCUGAAUGUAUGUACGAUGAGAGCUCGGCAUCAUCUUCCUCAAUCUGCACGUCUAUGACUCCUGUUUCUGGAAAUACCAUGUUGGCAUCUGAGAGAACAGAGGAGAGCAAUCACAGUAGGCCCAAUUACAUGAACUUGACAGAAUCGACCAAGGCUAAGCAGAGAAGUUGGAAUUAUUCUUCACAAAGAAUACAGAGGCAGUCCAUGGAUGAUUUUCAGUUUCAUAAGAAAUCAGCUCUACUUUGUAGUAUGGAUAGCAAGAGCAGUGCUGGAUCUAAUCCUCCUUCAAUCAAUUUGUCUAAGUCAAUCAACUUGUCGACCCGGUUGGAUAAGAACACCAUGAGAGCAAGGGAAAGGGAGAACUGUUAUUAUGAUUGAGAAAUUUGGGUUUCUUUGUGUUUA